AUGCCGCUAGCGUUUAAGCGAACGAGAGAUUUUAUGCACACUGACCAACAGCCCGUCCUCCUGACUAUCAAGAAGGCAAAGAAUGGCUUAGGGGCAGGGACAACAACCAGGCACCCAACGGUGUCAGCACGACGAGAGUUCGAAGAGCUAAUUAGUGCAAUCCAGAAACUUCCGUUCAGCAGUCUUCUCCCAGCUCAUUUCCACUUACUAGCUCGCACCAUGGACGUUCGGGCCCUUGUGUCCAGCAGCUACUUCUUUCCACGUACUGUUGAAGACAUCAUGGAAUAUAUGGCCAAUCCUUCUGUUGUAUCAGCGAUAAAGAACUUACUUCACAAGCUAGGUUACACCAGUCUACGUCCUAUUCAACUAGCGUGUUUUGAACCGAUACUCCAUCAGAGCUCGUGCAUACUUGUCUCCAGAACAGCUACGGGAAAGACCUUCGCAUAUCUCUUCCCUCUUCUGCUUCGAGAAGGCUUUUUUAACACGACUCAAGUGACUUCUUCACAGAUACUGGUAAUCUGUCCAACUAGACUUUUGUGUGAGCAGGUGACCACUGUGACACGCACCUGUCUUGCGACAUUGGUGGAGCUCUGUCCGUGCCUUAAGUCAUUCACUGUCUGCAGCGCGUAUAGCGGACAGUCCCAGUCCCUCGUCAACACCUCUCUGGAGCUGGCCAACAUGUUGGUAGCAACCCCUGGGAUACUGACUAGUAGACAGUACAUAUUCACCGGAUCCACUAUUGUCCUCGAUGAGUACGACGAUCUUUUGGGUGGAUCCUUUCUAGAGGAUGUGAAGCAGAUACUUAGAAUUACAGGCGAACUGUGCUCUGCCCCAAUAAAUACAUUUACUACCCUGACAAAAGGAAUUCGGAUAAUGAGCACUUCUCCAAAAGAGAUUCCAUCAGCACAGUUCAUAUGUGUUUCAGCAACUAUGACCGACGAAGCAUUGGCUCAAGCAGAGUUCUUGGCUUCUUCUCUUUCAGGCUCCCUUCCCAGCCUAAUAAUACAUGGAUCUAUAAAUAAAAUACCAUCCAACAUACAACACACUUACCUAUUAUCGAAUCGAGCAGAUACAGGUGCAAUUGCCGAGGAAAAGUCUAUAAGCAAGCUCCCCAGAGUCAUUUUCUCAGGUAGAAUAACGAGUAUCUGGCACCUAAAACAACUACUAGAAGAUAGAGCAAUUAAAAGUGAAGAAGAGCUCAUAGACAUCGUUUCCUCAGGCUCGUUUUAUUCGAAAUGCAUAGUCUUCUUUCUUUUACGUUCACGAAUAGAGGAGAAUUCCAGGAAAGAGCAGCAAGGAAAAACCAUAUUUAGGCUUCAUGGAGAGAUGCAGCAGGAGGUCCGUGAUGAAAUACUUGCACGGUUUUCGAAGGCGCCGCCCCACUCAGGGGCCGUUCUGUUUACCACCGAUUUAGGAGCUCGUGGAUUAGAUAGCAAGGAUGUAGACCUGGUUAUUAGCAUAGGACUGCCCCCAACGAUAAUAUCAUUCAUUCAUAGAAUUGGAAGAGCAGGGCGGAUGGGCCAGAAAAGCCUGGCCGUAACUGUAGUUUCUAAGCGAACAGACUUCCUCAGGCAGAUAGACGAUUGCUUUGAGACCUCAACGUUUGAGUAA